AUGGACCCGAUAGCGCAGCUUGGAAAAGAUGCAUAUCACGCCUUGUGCAUAGCAUUUGCGGCGCAGAGCAAAGAUAAGCUGUACUCACCGGACGCUCGUGACCUUCUUGGCGUCACCGAGGAGGAGGACAGGACAAUACGUGCGCAAAUAGAUCAAGACCCAAGGAUUGCCGCGCUCAGGCGCGGCGAGCUUCCCCCGGGGGGUAUCCGGCCACUGCUGCUGCCGUCCUCCAGGUGGGAGUGCAGGGGGGGAACGCCGUUCGGCGGGAUGCCGCCGCCGACAGCGGGCGCCGCCGCCGCCGCUGCAACGCCAGCCACUGGCGGAGGUGGAGGCUUCGACGCGGCGCCGUACUCCUCCUCGCAGCCAAAGGCGGCAGCUGCCAAAAAGACUGCUGCAACGCCAAACAGCGCCGCCGCCGCGCCGGCGGCGGCGGGUACGACUGGCGGCGGCGCAUCCGGUCCGUCGGCCCCCGGCGCGACCGGCUCCUCCCUCGUGGGCCGCAAGCUACAGCGGCUGUACCCCGACCUGUCGCCGCCGUGGGUGACGGGUACGGUAAUGUCGUACAACACCAGUACGGGCAGGCACCUCAUUCAGUGGGGCCCGCCGCUACGCCGCGAGUCCUGGGAGUGCAUCGCGGACUUUGCACCCCAGAACUUCCGGUGGCUGGAGCCCGGGGCUGAGCCGGCGGGGCUGGCGGGGGGGGGAGGCGCCAAGGCGGGGACCGCGUCGAAGACGGGGGGCUCUAAAUCGACGCCCAAGUCCUCCACGCCCAAGGCGCCGCCGCCGCCACCGGCGCCCAAGACGGCGCCAGCCGCCGCCACCGCGUCGGCCGCGGCCGCCACUGCCGUACCCGGGCUGUCGCUACCGGGGGGCCCCUCCACGUUUCACGCGACCGGCGUCAGUCUGACGUCAGCGCCGUACAACGAGAGCUUCCUGCGCACCUGCCUCGCCAAGAACCGCCCCGAGGACUUGUCCACCACGCUAUCCGCCAUCGACGACCGGGAGAUUGCCCUGGGUCGGGAGCUGGUGGCGCUGGUGGAGGAUCCGGGGGAUGCGGCCGACAUCAACCGGUUGCUGGAUGAGAGCCAACGGCUGGCGCAGAGGGAGCAACAACUGAGAGCGGAGCUUAGGGAGCUGGGGGUCAUGGGGUAG